GAUAAAAACAAAGUAUUUGGUGCUGAAAAAUCACUGACAGGCACACCAGGCCUCUUUCUCAUGAGAGAUUGGCAAAUAGACGGUUCAAACUUCUGAAAAGUCACGGCUCCUUACACGUUGCCCUUCCAGAAGGAGGCUGGAUCCCACCCUGCUUCUGUGUUUGUUUUCUACCUGCAGGGUCGUUUCCACGAAAAGGAAUGCCAAAUAUCUACUGACUAUUUAAACAGGACUGCCAUACGUCCGGGCUUUCAAAGGUGGAACUGACGUCCGGGUGGGGAAGGUGACACAUUGUCCUGGAUCUUAGGCAAGACAAUUGAAAAAUUGCAGGUUUUUUGGCGUUUUUGUUUAAAAGAGCUCAACAACUUUGGGGUUAGUCUAAAAAAAAGCUCAACAAUUUUGGGGUGUUCCUAAAUAAAGCUCAACAACUUUCGAGGUUGUCAGAGCCUGCAUCACAUGGCUUCUCCAUCUGAUAAUAUCAGAUAGAUAUUAGCCUCUUCUUGAAAUAUGGCAACCCUGCUUUAAGGUGAUAUGCUGCUGCUUUAAAUGUAUAUUGCGGGGGGGGGGCGGGGGCGCACAGAAUGGAAAUAGCCAGAGCUACACAUCCUUAAUCACAUUCUGGCAUUUGCCACAGAAGAAAGCAUUGCCUUGCCAUGGCAACAACUAGAUCCGACCACAGGAGGGCGUAUUGAAGCUGAAAUUGUCACAGUGCAGAGACAGUUAACAGUGCCAGUUUUUCAAUGAAAGCACCACAGGAGAAUGAGCUUGGAGAGCCAUCUGAUGCAGGCUCAACUGUUCGAAAGAGAGAAAAUAUAACCAUUGCUGCGUCUUGUAUAAAUUUUUGGUUUUCCAAAGGUACAUGUAGGGCAAACAACUAGAAUGGGGUCCAAAGACUCUCCUUGGGAAAUUAGGUUAAAAAAAGGUAUCACUUUCCUUUGCCACAAUCCUUUUUCACUGGCCUCAGUGUAUUGUCCAGCAUUCAGGGGUGGUUUGACCAUUAGGGCAGAUGGGGGGGGCCACUGCCCCACCAGCCUCAGUCAACCCUCUUACUUGCAACCACUCCAGAGGAUCGUAGUAUCAGCUAAGUCUCUCCCCCCAUUUCUAAUACGUUUUAUUCCAUUUUGAAAACUUAAAACACAUUAACUUCAAAUUCAGUAUACAUUUCUAUUUCAAAAUAAGCAGGGUGGCUUCCCACCCUUACCUUACUGUUGUGUUUUUGUUUCCACCCACAAUCUGCUGCAUUUUAUGUCAAACUAUAUCUAAUAACAUAUUUCCUCUGUUACACUUAUUGCCAUUCUUAAUCCGCUGCUCAUAAUUCAACCCCUUUCAAAAUUCAUUUGACUACAGUUCUUUCACAGGUAUUCCAAAAAGGGUUUCCAUUCUUCAAUAUAAACUAAGUCAGCUAAGUUUCAACAUUGCCUCUUCUAGAAAUAAGCAAGGAUGAUGAUGGGGAAUUCAUUGGUUCUGCCUGUCAUUGGCUCUAGGCUCCACCUCCGGUUUGGAGCCUUGGGAUGCGGGUGGCGUUGUGGUCCAAACCACUGAGCCUAGGGCUUGCCAGUUGGAAGGUCGGCGGUUCGAAUCCCUGCAACGGGGUGAGCUCCUGUUGCAGACAAACGUCGGCUCCCUUGGCCAGUAAAGCGAGAUGAGUGCUGCAACCCCAGAGUUGUUCAUGACUGGACCUAAUGAUCAGGGGUCCCUUUACCUUUACCUCCCCCAAAGGUUCAGAGAAGGACAACCCAAAUUAUCAAGGGGGAUGAAGCGACUCCCCUGUGAGGAGAGAUUAUAGCAUUUUGGGCAUGAUAGAAGUGCAUAAAAUUAUACAUAGCACAGAGAAGAAGUUAUUCUCCCUAGAAAUGCUAGAACUUUGGGGACCCAAAGAAGCAGAAUGUUGGAAGACGCAGGACAGACAACAGAAAUUCCUGCAUUGCAUGGAGUUGGGCUGGAUAACCCUCAGGCUCCCUUCCAACUCUGCAAUGAUUCCUUCUUCACAAACCACAGAGUUAAACUACGGAAUUUGCUCCCGAAAGAAGCAGUGACGGGUCACCAAGUUGGAUGGAUUUGAAACAGGCUUAGGCAAACCCAUGAAUAGUAUCAAGAGCUGCUUGGGAGGAUGCUUCUGAAUGCCAGUGACUGGAAACAGCUGGGGGGGGAGAGAAGUUCAGGUCCUGCUUUUAGGCUAACCAUGGGCAUGUGGCUGGCCAGCAGGGGUGCCAACUUGAACAAAAUGUUGGGGGGCCCAGUUAAGCCCGUCACCACAUGAUCAACCACAAGACACGCACACACGCACACACACAGCGCAUUUGAAUGCCAGUGCCCAUCAAUUUUGGGGGUCCAAGGCCCCUCAGAUAGUUCAUGGCAUAGCUGUCAACUUUCCCCCUUUUUUAAAGGGAAAUUCCCUUAUUCCGAAUAGGAUUCCUCGCAAGAAAAGGGAAAAGUUGACAGCUAUGGUUAUGGGCAAGGAAGCAAAGGGACCUCAGCCCCUAGGAGUUAGCUCCUAUGUUGGCCACUGUGAGAAAAGGAUGCUGGAGAUUGAAACUUGAGAUUGAAAAAAAGAAGAAGAGAGAACUAAGGCCACAUUCAUGACAUGCCUUUAUAGCAGUACCACGCCACUUUAAACAGCCAUGGCUUCCCCCAAGGAAUUCUGGGAUCAGUAGUUCAUUAAGGGUUCUGAGACAUUUUACAAGGCCCCUGUUCCCCUCCCUAGAGCUACAGUUCUCAGAGUUCCCUGUGAAGAGGGGUUGAUUGUUAAUCCACUUUGGCAAUUGUAGCUCUGAGGAGGGAGAGAAGAGUUUCCUAAUGACUCUUGGCACCCUUAACAAGCCACAACCCCAGAAUUAUUUGGGGGGAAGCUAUGACUGUUUAAAGUGAUAUGAUACUGCUUUAAAUGUACAGUGGUACCUCGGGUUACAUAUACUUCAGGUUAUAGACUCUGCUGAUCCAGAAAUAUUACCUCCGGGUUAAGAACUUUGCUUCAGGAUGAGAACAGAAAUCGUGUGGCGGCAGCAGGAGGCCCCAUUAGCUAAAGUGGUACUUCAGGCUAAGAACAGUUUCAGGUUAAGAACGGACCUCCGGAACGAAUUAAGUACUUAACCCGAGGUACCACUGUAUGGUGAGAUUGUGGGCUAAGAGAAACCCACCCCUGGUACCCUUCUUUGUGGUCCCCCAGUCCCUCUUUUGCAGAGAGUGAGCCUGGCGCCAUUGCCCCUUCAGUGAGAUUUUCACUCUACCCCUCUCUAUUUCCACAGUCUUCCUGGGUUGCCAUGCCGUGUGCAAAGGAUGAGUUCUUGGACGAGCUCUUGCAAAAGUGCGUAGCCUGCAAUGUCACAUGUCACCCGCGCCCAUUUCAAGGAUGUGCCGAUGCCUGCAGUGAGUGUCCUGGGAACAUGUGCUGUUUUAUUUUAUUUUUAAGUUGCAAUAUUUGCGUGCCUCUUUUCAACCAUGCUGCUCCCAGAUCCUGGAAUCAGAUCAGCUGACAUCAGUUGCUGCAUCCCCCUUGCAAUGGCAGCUCAGAAAUAGCCCUUGAUGGUCCCAGAGAAACAUCAUCUCUCCCGGCUCCUGGCUCGCUUUCCUGGAAAAAUGGUGGUAUAAAUUUUUUUGUAAAAAAAGAGAGAGAAAAAAUAGGAUGUUCUUUUGCAUAAAAUUUGCACAAAAAUUUAAUAUGUUAAUUUGUAAGCUUAAAUGCAAAAUUAGUGACUAUGAUUUAAGAUUGCAUUUAUCUGUCCUGGAGAAAAGGGCGGCCAGGUGAGCUGUGUGUUUUGCACAACCUGCUGUUCAGGUGCUACUAACCUUUGAUGGGAAGCUGCAAGGGCCUCUUGCCCUCCUUUCUAAAGGGUAUUUAUUGGUGUUGCCAGACCUCCAGUCUUACCUGAAGUCUCCAGGUGUGCCUGGCCCCCUGUAGAUGUCAGAUGGAGGUGAAUCUCCAGGUAGACAAAAGUCCCUUUAAUAAUAAUACAUAUUAUUAAGAAGACUUACUUGCAGCUUGCAAGCUUACAAAGCCCAGCAGGAGCCAGCUACAAACUGUAGCAUACUUGGAGGUGGGGAAGUGCCCCCCCAUUAACUUCCAUCUCCAGGGCCCAUCCUGUGACAUCACCAGGGGCCACCCUAGCUCAGAGGUUUGGGAUGUGAAACCUCAGGGUUUGGGAUGCUCCUGAUUUGACAACUCUAGUAUUUAUCUUUUGGCCAGACUUGGACUGGACAGCCCUUCAAAUAGGGAGCUCCACCAAGUAGGAAAGAAGCUCUAGGGUUGGAGAGGGAGUGUUUUCAUCAGAGUCCUCUUCCAGAGUCCACCAGAUGUUCCCACUGGUACUCAGCCUUGGUCAACAUACUUCCCAAAGGGAGCUUGUUGCAGCAGGAGCGGGAGACACCCAUAACUCUUCAGCAGCCUGAUUCAUCUCUGACUCUUGGCUUACUCUCCUGAGUCAGCUUCUGCUUCUGGACUUUGCUCUGCCACAGGCUCCCCCAGCUCACUAAGCCCUGUUACCUCUUCAGUUUCCAAUAUCUCCUCCUCCCAGUCUUCUUCUUCUUCUCCCUGUGACCACUCAUUGUCGUCCCACCACCAAUCUCUGGGAUCUGAGCCUUUGUCUCUUGGGGGUUCCCCAGCUGGUAGCUCCCAAUACUCCCCAGUGCCCAGCCAGUCCAUGACAUCGACCUUGGGUCAGUCACUAACCAGCCUAACCAGCCUCACAGGGUUGUUGUAAGAUUCAAGGAGGCGGCGAAGAACCACGCACCCCCCCUUGAAGGAAAGGUGGGCUAUAAAUGCAAUUCAAUAAUAAUUUCCAGAGCAAGAAGCAUAUUUUCUUUGUUUGAAAAGGUUUUAAUCAAUCGGUCUAUUGGCUAAUUGAAUAUAGCUGCAACCCUAAUUGGAAUUGGCAUGGGUUACGGAGCUCAUUUACGAAGAGGGAUGUUGAAUCUGCAACUCUCCAUGUAUUUUGAACUACAACUAUUAUCAUCCCUGACCACGAAGGCUGGGGUUGACAGCAGCUGGAGUCUAACCGCAUUGGGAGUGCCACAGACUCCCCCAUCCCCGUCAAAACAAAAUAUUAUAAUGAGCUAAUUUAUGAAGCCCAUAAAAAUAAUCACGAUCCCUAUUUAUCACCACUUAUUUCUGACAACAAGCGCUAUGCAACAUCUGAAGGGCGCGUCAGCCAUGCUUGGUGGAUGCAGGCUGAUUUAACAGCCGGCAAUAGGUGCAAAAAGCUUCAAGGAAUAAGGUGAACCGGCUGGCAAGCCAGAUGCUCCAGCAGUUCAGUGGCGAGAGGAGAGCAAUCCCUCUUCCAGCUUUCGCCAGCCUCAAGGAUGCUGCUGUUCCCAUGGCAACAUGAGCUGGUAGCCAAUGAACUGCAGGCGGGCCCAAGAUUGGACCGGAGAAAAUGCUGACUCGUGACUGGAGCAUCUCGCUCGUUAUUUAUUUAAUACAAUGGAUGCAAAUCCUGUUUUGUCUCCUUCUCCUCAGGUUCCAUGGACUGCAGCAAACAUGAGGGCUUCUACUACGAUUGGCUCCUGAGGCAGUGCUUAAGUUGUGUUAGUAUCUGUGGGCAGCACCCCAGGGAAUGCAACCCUUUUUGCAAAAGUAAGUGCCUGGGAUGAAUGGGCCACAUUAGAGCUGGAAAGCAGGGUUUUCCUCACUGGAUUCUCAGCCCCAGAUGAUACCUCCAGGCAUAUAGAGAGAGCGUUCCCUCUCAGAGUGUAAAUACAGCUCAACUCCUUCCCGCCCCGCCCAGACGCAACACUCCAGAAUUAGGUUACAGAGCUUCUGUGUCGGAGCAUGCCUGUAUAAACCAAAACGUUGGGGGAUAAAGGACAGAAUUCUAUGCUGCUGCUAAGAUCCAGUGUACGCUAUGCCUUUAAAGCACAUUUGAGGCACAUCCUUCCCCUCAAAGAAUUCUGGGCACUGUAGUUUGUUAAGGGUUAUUGGGAAUUGUAACUCUGUGAGGGGGAAACUACAGUGCGCAGAAUUCUUUAAAGGUAUAGCGUGUACGGCGGAUGUGCCAACACACCAGGCAGAUUCGGGGUGGGGGGGAAUAGUGUAAUGUGUGUGUACAAAGUAAGAUUUAGCUUUUGCCUCUGGCCCUGUUCACCACUGGCCCGUGGCUCUCGGAAGGUUUCCCAGAACAGAAUGUGGCCAUUGGGCUGGUAAAAGUUCCUGAUCCCUGCGUUAGGCACUGUGCACAGGAUGUUCACCAAAGCUCCAUGGAGGAUUCCUGCUAGAUGAGCAGCUGUUGACCUUGUUGCCCCUCCACUGACUUUCAGAGGAUGCUGCACCUACCUUACCAGCAGUGGCUGCUCUACAGGGUGUCCAGUGCAAGAUGGACAGUGCGUGUGACCAGCGGAUGGUCAUCUACAUGGUCUUGGGCAUCUGUCUGUGUACUCUGCUCUUCUCCUUGCUGUUGACUUGGGUUCACUUUAGGAAAUGGGUGGAUGCGGCGAUCUGCCAAGCCGGUACCAUCGCUUGCCGGAAAGGAAAUGACAGCCCCAAAGGUAAAUGCUUUCUAUCAUUUGAGUUCAGAUUUCUCAACCUACCCCAAAUGCAGAAUCUAUAUUGUCCAGCAUAGAAUCGGGUUAGAUCUACAGAUGCAUCAGAAUCAGGUGGUGGGAGGUGAUGAAGGACUGGCUCACAAAUUUAUUGACAGCUGCACGAGUUAUUAUAGUUAGGAAGUGGAAGGGGCAGCAGAAUAUAAAAUGGAAGAAUAGUAUAGAGAUGUGGGAUAUAGCUAUUAACGAUAAAUUAACAUGUGCCAUUAAGGUAAGAUGGUGGACUAUGCAGGAGGAAUGAUUUUGAGGAGAUAUGAAGGGCGUUUGUAGAAUUUGUACUGUUAAAAUGGAAAGGGGUUAAACCGUCGCAAGAGGUGUUGAAGUUUUGGGAGGUUGGAUAGUUACAAUGGAAUGGUCUCAGUGGUGGGGUGCACAUUUUUAUUCUUAUUUAUUUAUGAUUAUUACUUUGUCAAUAUAAAAUAAAAUGAAUCAGGUAGUGGGGAGGACUGUACGCUUUAGAUAAGUAGAUGUGGCGAUCACAUUGGCAUAUGCUCCUCCUAUUUAUUUAUUUUUUAAGCUUUUCCCGCAAGAGGAAAAGCAGAGUGUAAAGUUGGCUGAGUUAGAACUCUUAACUGCAGUGAGGUUUGUCUGAAGAAUGUUAAAAACUACGAUUCCCCACUGAAGUCUAAAGAAGCACAGUCUACUUUCAGACCUCAGCAUUCUGCUUUAUCAAAGGUUGUAUUUAUGCCACAGUAAACUGUCCUGGUCUAAGGAUGUAACCCACAGUAAAUUAAUCUAUUUGAUUAAUAGAAAAGCUGGCAUUAAUUUAAUUUUUUGAAACAUUAAAUAUUUGCAAAAAAAAGUGACAUACACUGGACAGAGAAUGCUUUCAUCUGUUCUGGCAGGCACUAACACCCUCCCCCCACCCAAUAAAUAAUAAUUUGGUUCUCUCCCACCCACCCCUUUUAUAAUUGUUUACCCAUAUGUGGAUUUCUGUAUUUCACUAGUUUAAGUGAUCAAGUGCCUAUGAGAAAUCAAACAAAUCUCUUUCAAUAGAGGACAGCCCUAAACACACACACACACACACACACACACACACACACACACACAUACUCUCUCUCUCUCUCCUGUGCCAAGAAAAACUGUAUAAAUUAUUUAACCCACUUAAAAACAUGCUUGCUUGUUUCCUGCUUCUGCUAGGCCAGGGGGACUUUGCAGGAAACUAUGAAGAUAAUGGAAGCCCCACACUCCUUUCUCCAAAGCACACACUCACCACCAAAAAUCCUCCCUAGCCCACACCCCAUCUCCUCAGACCUUCCUGGUCUACAAUGUUCAAGUGUGUCUUUGCCACCAGGACUUGGAACCUUUCCCAAAGCAAAAUUCAGGCUUCGUAGGCUGCUGGAUUCCUCACUCAAUGGUGGCUUGCCUUGUGUAGGGUUGCCAGGCCAGGAGCAUCCCAGACCCUGAGAUUUCAGAGCACAAACCUGAGAUCUAGAAGCAGCCUCCGGUGGUGUGACAUCGGUGAACCUUGGAGAUGGAGGUUAAUUGGGAGGGCUUUCUGUGCUAUGAUUCAGUCGGUUCCCGCUGGGCAGAAGCUUGCAAUAUGCAUACACAGUCUUCUUAAUUGUUGUUGUUGUUGUUUAGUCGUUUAGUCGUGUCCGACUCUUUGUGAUGCCAUGGACCAGAGCAUGCCAAGCACUCCUGUCUUCCACUGCUUCCCGCAGUUUGGUCAAACUCAUGUUAGUAGCUUCAAGAACACUGUCCAACCAUCUUGUCCUCUGUCGUCCCCUUCUCCUUGUGCCCUCCACCUUUCCCAACAUCAGGGUCUUUUCCAGGGAGUCUUCUCCUCAUGAGGUGGCCAAAGUAUUGGAGCCUUAGCUUCAUGAUCUGUCCUUCCAGUGAGAACUCAGGGCUGAUUUCCUUCAGAAUGGAUCGGUUUGAUCUUCUUGCAGUCCAUGGGACUCUCAAGAGUCUCCUCCAGCACCAUAAUUAAAUGCACUCUGAUGCCACCCCUCCACAUGCCACCUGGAGGGAGCCAGGCAAACCUUGAGACUUUGGGUGAGGCCUGAAGGCUUGGCAGCCCUAGCACCAAGCCAUUGCCUCUUCUUGUUUACAUUUUCAGCCUCAUAGAGGCCUUUCCCCCCCAAUGCAUUUGUCUUUUAUCUAUGGCAUUGCUAUUUACUGCAUUCACAGCCUGUUUUUCCUCCAAGGAGCUCCAAGAGAGCGUUCAUGGUUCAAUCUCCCCCUGUCCCUUGCCAAUCAUAUUCCCGCAAGAUUGUGGGGUAGGUUAGUCUCGAGAGAUAAUGACUGGCCCAAGGUCAGCCCGUUAGCUUCGUGGCUGCGUGGGGACUUGAACCCUGGUCUCCCAGAUCCCAGUCUGACACACUGGUCUUCAACUGGAAGGAAAGAUUCCACAAGUAGGCUAUGCCACAGGUCGCCGCAACAACCACCCCUUUAUCUCCCCUCCAAUAUUAUUUUCUUACUUUUUAAAAUUACAGUGAUGGGGAGAGAAAGGAGAAAAACAGAGGAAAGUACCAUUCCAUCUAAUGCUCAGGCUGGGGGUGCCAUUAUUUAUUAGUCAAAACAGCAUUGCUCAUGCACAAGAGGGAGUUUGGGGAAUGGUGGAACCCCCGGUUAAUAAUAAUAAUAAUAAUAAUAAUAAUAAUAAUAGUAAUUUAUUAUUUGUACCCCGCCCAUCUGGCUGGGUUUCCCCAGCCACUCUGGGCGGCUUCCAACAAAGAUAAAAAAUACACUAAAAUGUCACAUAUUAAAAACUUCCCUGAACAGGGCUGCCUUCAGAUGUCUUCUGAAUGUCAGGUAGUUGUUUAUCGCUUUGACAUCUGGUGGGAGGGCGUUCCACAGGGCGGGUGCCACUACCGAGAAGGCCCUCUGCCUGGUUCCCUGUAACUUGGCCUCUCGCAGUGAGGGAACCGCCAGAAGGCCCUCGGAGCUGGACCUCAGUGUCCGGGCAGAACGAUGGGGGUGGAGAUGCUCCUUCAGAUAUACUGGACCGAGGCCGUUUAGGGCUUUAAAGGUCAGCACCAACACUUUUAAUUGUGCUCGGAAACGUACUGGUUUGCAGCAGCGCAAGAAAGGGAAGGACCCCCCCCAAAAAAAGCCUUCAUGCUACAUCAUUUUAUUACAGGUUCCAGCUGUGCAGCUAAAAAAAAAGUUACACUAGUGUGUACUCUACAGGGUUAGGCUUUGACAUUAAUUCUUGCUUCCCUGUGGAGUAGUUCUGUGAAGGGGCAAGGGCUCUCCCAGGCUGGAAAGAGAUUGGUGGGGGAAAUAGGGGCAUUUCAGGAUCAAGUCAGAAGCUUUUGGAAUUCCUGGCCUGUCCCAGGAAAAUAGGGACAUUUGGGAGGGCAUGCGUAGCAGUUAAAACUGCCAUAAAACCAAUAGAUGUACCCCAAGCACUGAAAGGUAUUGUUUAGCGCACACUGUUCUGCCUCUUAUGCUCAGGACUGAGCAAGAUUCUAUUCUGCCCCCCAAACCUCACAGCAACCCAAUAAUUCUCUCACACCUUUCCCAGCCUCCUCAGAUACCCUUUGUGCAUUGUGCCAUCCAUUCCACUCUGUUGUGCCUCUUUUGGUAUGGAGGCCUCAGCAAAUGCCCAGCUUGAUUGCCUUCUGGAUGGAUUUUAAAUAUAAUGGAUAAACAUGCCCUCCAACAUUUCUCCAAUGAAAAUAGGGAUGUCCUAUUUAAUAACAUCAUCAUCAUCAUCAUCAUUAAUACCCCACCCAUCUGACAGGGUUGCUCCAGCCACUCUGGACAUCUUCCAACAUAUAUAAAAACAUAAUAAAACAUUAAACAUUAAAAUAAACCUUCCUUGUACAGGGCUGCCUUCAGAUGUCUUCUAAAGGUUGUAUAGUUAGUUAUCUUCUUGGCAGAACUACAUACCCCCAAAAAUUACUCCAAUGAAAAUAGGCACCCAUUACCUCCAAUAUGCAAAAUAGGGACAUCCUAAGGAAAAGUGGAACAUUCCGGGAUAUAACCAGAAACCGGGAUGGCUUCUGUAAAUCUGGGACUGUCCCUGGAAAGUAAGAACACUUGGCCUGGAUAAAUAAAGGCCCAAACCUCAUGCAGUGAUUUUCAUGGCUGAGUUGAGAUUUGAACUCGUGUCUCCAUGCUUCUUACCUGAUACUGCCUGCCACACAACGCUGGCAGCUUCUGGGAAGACUCCCACUUUAAUGCACAUGGGCUUAUUUUUCAGAGUGUCUAAUGGAAGCAGGGAGCGUGGGGAGCAGAUCCAGCGGCAGCCGGACACCAGAGCCCAUUGAAACCUGCGGCUUCUGCUUCCCUGAAGCAAGCCCUGCCGUUCAAGAAACCAGGGCCCACAGGAUUUACCAAGCCGGGAUGGAAGGGGGUCCCACCGUGGCAGGGACUGCUGGCACAGGGAGUAUGGGAACCAUUCCUACCCCUGAAGAUGGGCACUUCCAAAUUAUAUGCUCUCCCUCGCAAGAAAAGAUGCAGGUGAAUUGAGAUACCGGGCAAUGAGAUACUAGAGGACCAUAGCUGCCCCACCACACUAGAGCAAAGCUGCGUGAAUUUUCCAGGUUCUUCCUCCACACAAUUCCCCUGGGAAUGCCUCCUUACACAAUCUGCAGAAUCCGGCAGGUAAAACAAUUCAUUGGACUCAGCCACUUCAGGACUGCAGAUGGCAGCAAUUUGCAUGUCUGAAUUCUACCCUCCUUAGAAAGACCUCCCCGCAUAUAGAAAGCCAGGGCUUCAGGAGUAAACGUUUUGCAGCCUAGUCUUCUCUCUUGACAAUACCUGCUACUUACAUUAACAGUUAGGAAGUCUUUCCCUGCUCUCUCACAUGUUCUAGAUCAGCAGUGGGCAUGACAUCCCAGGGGGAAAGCCCUUCAUUGCCUUUCUUUCAAAACCAAAACCAAAACCAGCAGCUAGUGAAGAAAGCCUAAUUCUUUGUCUGUUCACAGGAAUAGGAAAAGUGUUGAGCGCGCUUGGAUGAAAGAUCACGUUUCUACUGACCCCGAUUUCAAAUAAACAUGCCUUACUUUCUGCAGUAUGUGCCACAGCAAUCAUUCACAGGUAUAAAAAAUCAGAUAUGCCUACAGUGUUUAUUUUACACACCACUUUUUCCUCAAAGGAGUAGUGCACAUGGUUCCCCUCCUCAUUUAAACAUUUCCCCAAGCAAUCUGAGACUCUGCAGGCAUGCCUGCCUUUGCUCUUCCCACUUCAUGCCUCUCUUGGUUCCGGGAGACCAGGGAAGAGGGGAGCUUGUCGCAGCAGAAGGGGGAGGCAAUUUGGCUUCCUCGCCAGCCAGACUCAUCUCUGCCUCUUGUCUCCCUCCUUUCCUGCUUCCGCUUCCAUUUCUGCACCUGAACUCCUCUCUGCCACAGACUCUCCCAUCUCACUAAACCCUGUUAGCUCUUCAGCUUCUGACACUACCUCCUCCCUGUCUUCUCCCUCUGACAACUCAUUAACAUCCCACCACCAGUCCCCAGACUCUGAGCCUUCUACCCUUGGGGGUUCCCCAGCUGGUUCCUCGGCAUCCAACCAGUCGAUAACACCCUUGGGGUUCCUUUCACAAUUCUAUGAUUUCAGUGGCACUCACUUGCAAAUCCUGCAUGCUUAGCCCUGCAGCUGAAAGGCAUAUUUUUUUAAACCUUCCCUAAAGAGUGGCAUGAAAUGAGCCAGCUUCAAUAGGACUGCUAAUAAAUCCCAUCACAGCUACAUGGCAGGCUUUUCGCCAUCCUAAAAAGUACUUCAGCCCCGAGUCAUUUUGCCAUAGAAGGCUUUACUGUACUCAGGCAUCCCUUGGUCUACAUCUCCCUAGAUUUUGUGCAAAAGCCUAAGAAACCUACUGGACAGGCGGAUUCCCAGGAAAAUGGUUGCACAACACUUUGCACUGGGGCCCAAUUAGGCAUGCCUAUUUGAAAUGUUUUGUGAGUGUAGAGAGCUACGAUCACUGCAAAGGCUCAACAAUCUCAAACGCUUUUUCGAGAGGCGGUGGAAAGCAGUUGCGGAGUUAGAGCAAAAACGUAAUGUCAGAGGCAGAUGAGUAUAGCUUAACAAGCAAACGCCUUUCCUUGCCUUCCAAAAAGCAGCUUAUAAAGUACAGAGACGUAGGAACAUUGAGAAGAUCCCUGCUGAAUCAGGCCAAAGGCCUAUUUAGUCCGGCAGCCUGUUCUCAGUGGCCAGCCUGAUGCCUCAAUUGAAAGUCUGCAAGCAGGUCAUGAGUGCAAACCCACUCUAUGGUUCCCAGCAUCUGGUAUUCCCAGCCACUGGGGAAGGAGCGGUUCCCCCCCAGAAAUGGGAAACUUGAGGCGGGCCUGGGGAGAUCAGGACAGACUGUCGGAAUGUUUUGUACAGAGGUGUUGAAAUGGCGUCUGUCUACUUUUAUGGCUCUUGGAUGAGUGUAAAAUCCACACAGAAUAUAACAACGUUUGUCUUCAACCCGCUUGUGGAGAUUAUCAGAGAUCACAAAGAAAGGAAUAUAUGAUAACAACAAGAAGAUGAGGAAAACAACAAAGACAAGAUUGAACAGAACUGUGAAUAUUAUUUUGACAGAACUGUGUAAUUAAAGCAGCAGCAAGAGAGAUGAUCGGAUCCCUUUCGGAGCUCGAAGCAUGGGUACCCCCAACAAAAGUUUUAAAAAUUUGGCUGCGUAAUUUGGAAUUAUUGUGAUUUGGAAUUAAUGUGAUGUGAUUGGCCUGUUAAUAAAAAUUAUUUAAAAAAAAAAA